AUGAGGAAAGAUAAGAGGACUGAAUUUAAAAGCCUGUGUAGUAGAGGAGUUGGUAUAGGCGAUGAGAGUAAGAACUUAUCCGAUGCUGAAACACUAUCUAAGUCUGAAUUAGCUAGUAGUAAUAGCCAAGGUGUCAAUCGCAAAACAUUGG